GUUCAGGCAAUUGUGGCUUGCAGGGAACUGGUCUGCUGUCCGUUAAGCCCCAUUAAAGAGCAAGGAGAUCGUUCAGGCUCAAUUCCUGUAGCAAGAGAAGAGCAGGACAGAAACCGAAGCAACAUGAGUACCGCAGGCAAAGUCAUAAAAUGCAAAGCAGCCAUUUGUUGGGAGAUUAAGAAACCUCUAGUCAUUGAGCAAAUCGAAGUAGCUCCCCCAAAGGCUCAUGAAGUUCGUAUUAAGAUUGUGGCCACAGGGAUCUGUCGCUCCGAUGACCAUGUGAUCAGUGGUGCAUUUACUAUGCCUCUUCCAAUGGUUUUGGGCCACGAAGCAGCUGGAGUUGUGGAGAGCGUGGGAGAGGGAGUAACUUGCGUGAAACCAGGAGACCAUGUUAUCCCUCUCUUUGUCCCACAGUGUGGAAACUGCAGUUCUUGCCGAAGUACUAGAGGCAACCUUUGUUCUCAGAAUGACCUUAGUGAACCACGUGGAUUAAUGCCCGAUGGCACCAGCAGGUUUACUUGCAAAGGAAAGAACCUGCACCAUUUCAUUAGCACCAGCACCUUCACAGAAUACACAGUGGUGCACGAGACUUCAGUGGUCAAAAUCGAUGCUGCUGCUCCUUUGGAAAAAGUGUGUCUGAUUGGCUGUGGAUUUUCCACUGGUUAUGGAUCCGCUGUUCAGACAGCACAGGUGGAACGUGGUUCUACUUGUGCUGUCUUUGGCUUGGGAGGAGUUGGUCUCUCGGCUGUCAUGGGCUGCAAGGCUGCAGGAGCUUCCCGGAUUAUUGGAGUUGACAUCAAUAAAAAUAAAUUUGCCAAAGCUAAAGAGAUGGGAGCCACUGAAUGUGUCAACCCUUUGGAUUACAAGAAGCCCAUCAAUGAAGUAUUGUUUGAUUUGACUGGUGGUGAAGGUGUAGAUUAUUCAUUUGAAGUGAUUGGACGCACAGAUACCAUGACUGCUGCGUUGGCUUCCUGUCACAUGAACUAUGGAACCAGCGUAAUUGUGGGGGUUCCUCCGUCAGCAUCUGAGAUCUCUUUUCACCCAAUGCUUCUUUUCACUGGCCGUACCUGGAAAGGAUCUGUUUUUGGAGGCUGGAAGAGUAAAGAUGCUGUCCCUAAACUAGUUUCUGAUUUCAUGGGGAAGAAGUUUGUUCUGGAUCCAUUAAUAACUCACACUUUACCUUUUGAGAAAAUCAAUGAGGGAUUUGAACUGCUCCGGUCUGGAAAGAGCAUCCGCACUGUCUUGACAUUUUAAGGACUUGAAUAAAAGUGGAAUGACAAUAGCUGAAGAUUGUUCUCCACAACUUUCUACCGAACCAUAAGUGCCGUACAUUUGGUUUCUUCUGUUCUAACACCUAUAUUUGCUUAAUGGACUAAAUGAAUGCUGAAUACUAGGGUGAAAUUAUAGAAUUUGUCAGAAAUCUUGAUUAUAUUUGAUGAGAUUUGAAUCAAGUUGAAGCUUUGCUAACCUAUAACAGGGAUUAGAUUAGCAAAGCUAGGAAGGCUAUGACAUCACCAAUUAUUGCCUUGCUAUAUGGUCAAUGUGCUUAUCUUGUACACAUCUGAGUUUUAUAUAAAAGUGUCCUAGAUGAUACCUCUUGCAUUUCAUGGCCUUUGUGUUUACAAUUUGUUUUCUUUCUUCUCACGUAUUUACCAUCUCUGCGACCGUGUGGGCUCUGAUUCAUGAAAGCUUAUGCCACCAUGAAUAUGUUAGUCUGAAAACUACUAAGGUUCUUUUUAAUUUUGUGAAGCACAGAGUAAUACUACUAUCUUUUCGGAAUUUGUUAUUAAAUUUUAAAAAAAACCUCUCUGACUGCAGAGUAUAAAACAUAUCCACAGUUGAGAGGUUAGCUGUCCAGGAGAUGGCAGAAGUCAUCUCUCUAAUACAGACAUGCAUUCUUAUCCUUUAAAAACAUUUCUUCAUAAGGAUUUCCCUUUGUUUCCAAAUAAAUCUCAUUUCUUAAAAACUUUGCCUGUAAUUGUUUGUUUUUGCUCUUAUUUCAGAGAAUUACAUAUUAUAUUGGAUUAAAGACAAGACUUUAAAGACUUUAUCUAUUUAGAUACUAAAUAGAUCUAUCCAGGGCUUUUUUUUCUGGGAAAAGAGGUGGUGGAACUCAGUGGGUUGCCCUCGGAGAAAAUGGUCACAUGGCUGGUGGCCUCGCCCCCUGAUCUCCAGACAGAGGGGAGUUGAGAUUGCCCUCCACGCCGUAUGGCGCGGAAGGCAAUCUCAACUCCUCUCUGUCUGGAGAUGAGGGGGUGGGGCCACCAGCCAUGUGACCAUUUUCAAGAGGUUCCGGAACUCCGUUCCACCGCAUUCCAGCUGAAAAAAAGCCCUGGAUCUAUCUAUUUAGAUACUAGAUACUAUCUAUUUAGAUACUAAAUAGAUAAGUAUCUAGGUUAAAAAAUCUGUACAAAUAAUGAUCCUGAUCUAGAGAUUACUUAAAGGUGGAGUGCUCAGACACACACACAGAAUUCCUCCAUCUAUACAAGUUUCUCCAUUAAUUUUAGUGGAUGAGCCCAAUUUCCCGUUGCAACAGAAUGUGUGUGUGCAAGCAAACCAGGAUUAUCCAUUUAUAUAAAGGGGGACUACCAUCAGUCAAGCACUUUAGAACCCCAUGUGUGCAUCUUGUCUUUUUUUGUUCCUUUGAUCAGCUUAGAGGUAGAAAUAAACAUUAAUUCAACUGCCCCCAAUUAGAUAGGUAUAUAAAUUGUUUGAAGACUGCAAUAUAUUUUGAUAUCUGGCUUUCUAGGUAUUCAACAGAAAUAAAAGUGACACAUCUUAUCUGAAUUUUAAAGCAGUUUACAGUCAAAGAUAAAAACAAUGAAGUACAAGUAAUAUAACAGCCAGGUAAAGAGCCCUAACAUGAGGAAUCAAAACACAUUGGAAGGAUCCAUCUGAUGAGACCAGUUCAGCAGUCCUUGCAAAAUGCCAGUAAAAAAACUGGCAUUCAGAUCCAUAGAUUAGUUCCCUUACCAUGGAUUUCUGCACCUGGCAAGCAGAGGGCACAGCCAGCAGUCCUGUUGAACUGAUCUCACUUUGCAUGUGUACUUAUUAUACAGGAGAGUCAGUUCUUCAUAUAAGUGGAUCUCAGUUCACACAGGGCUUUAGAGGUAAGAAUGGUAAUGCUAGUCACCUCACAGGAGGGGUCUGCCAAAGUGGGCCUUGGGAGCAGGUUGUCCUCCAAUGAAGACUCAUCAUCCCACAUUAAAACAGGGCAGUCCAUGACAAGAGCCCAGGUCUACCCCCCACAGGAAAUAAUGCUCUUUUAAAUUUUAAAAACAUCAGGAUGAGUAGCUGUGUUAGUCUGUCUGUAGCAGUGGAAAAGUUCAGUAGCACCUAUGUGAAGAAGUGAGCUGUGGUGCACGAAAGCUCAUACCCUAUCACUAAUUUUGUUACUCUUAUAGAUGCUACUGGUCUCUUGCUUUUUUCCACUGAAAAGAAAUAGUGUAUUCAUUGUCAAAGACAGGGGUCAUAAAGCAAUUUCUGUGUAGAUUUCUGCUGUGCUCGUGUUUGUUAUUACAUUAAAAUGUGACUGUAUGUUCUCUUAUAAAUCAAAUUAAUAAAACUAUUAUUCUAAGUAA